GCACUUCAUUAUAUAAUGAUACAGGAAACCAUCUCCACGGCAACCUCAGAACUCCAGGCUCUGCCUCAGAGCUGCUCUCCCAUCCCCAGGACCUGGCUGGGCAGGAUGAGGCCGCUGGGUGCUCUGUUUCUGGCUGCUCUCCUGACUGGUGCUGCAGCCCCAUGGCCUGAUGAACCUUCCAGGACCUGCUUCUUCCAGAUGCUCAGCGGAGGGGACAGCUUGUUCUGCAGAGGGGAUUUGGAAGUCAUUUACCCGGAGCUGGGCGACGUGAGCUGCUCGUACAUCCCCAAGUGCCACCAGUACCGGGAGCGUAUCAGCAGGGAAUGGGGCAGCCCCCGUGUCCGGUACCCGCAGGCUGACAAGAGCAAGAAGUACGUGCUGAUGCUGGUGGACCCCGACGUUCCCAGCCGAGCCAACCCCAGGAGCCGCUUCUGGAGGCACUGGUUGGUCACCGACAUCCCAGGUGCGAAUCUGAGGACUGGGGACGUCAAAGGGCACGUGCUGACGGAUUACGUCCGUCCCACGCCGCCGCCCCGCAGCGGGUACCACCGCUACCAGCUCCUCCUGCACGAGCAGCCAGCGCACGAGGCCAUCGCCCUGAGCCCCGAGGAGCGCGUCUCACUGGGUUCUUGGGUGAUGGAGAGCUUCGUGAAGCAGUUCCGGCUCGGCUCACCGGUGGCCUCCACACAGUUCCUCACCAAAUACCACCAGGAUUAGCUCUGCCCCAUGUGCCCUUCCCCUGUGCAGCUGCAUCCCCUUCCCUGCAUCCCAGAGCCACAUCUGGGACCCACCGAGGAUGUGCCAGCCCUUCUCCCAGCCCAGAUUGAGAGCAGAAACCCAGCCCUUCCACUUCCCAAACCUGGCAGAGCACCCUCAUCCCCUCCAAAGGUAACUUCCCAUCGGUGUCCUGGCUCCCUGGGUGUCCCGGGAAGGCUACAUCCUCUUCUCCUCCCUUGCCUCAUUUCCGGCCUGACCCCCAGCAUGUCCCUCCUGCACCUUGGGGGUCUUACACCUUAAUGCCUGCAGCUUCCAGAAUAAACCACGAGUGGAUGGAGUGCA